AUGGUGUGCGAGCGAGCGACUGCGUCUCCGAGGGCGCACUUAAACGACCAAACGGACGGAAGACAUUGCGCAGAGAAUGAAGACGAAGAUAUGGACGAAGAAAUGAUGCGCGUCGACGCUUUCGACUACGAGUGGAGACGUCAGAUUCACGCAGGUGACCAAGUGGACGCCCAGAACAGCUUUGGCAAUUGGUGUCCAGCCAAAGUGCUGCAAGUCGCUGAUGGGGAAGUGCUGCUGCAGUUUUUCAACAUGCACGAGAGCUGGCGACAGUGGCUGCAGCUGGAUUCUGGCCGCCUCGCACGUCUUGGCACGAGGGCGCACAGUGACAGCGUGCCGGUUCGCCAAGCCCAGCAUGUGGAAAGGAAAAUGGAUGUUGAUGCACCAAACGUGACGCGUCGUCGUGUCAUUCAAGCACAGAACCCGAGAUUUGCUCACUACCGAGACUCGCUUGAGCGUACCUUGGGCUUGCGGAUCUAUGAUAUCGAAGGAGAUGGCAAUUGCCUGUUCCGCUCGGUGAGCCACCAGGUGUAUGGUGACGAUCGACAUCAUGCACUUGUACGUGCGGCUUGCAUGGACUACAUGGAGAGCGAGAAAGAGUACUUUGAGCCGUACGUAGUGGGCGACAUGGCAGCAUUCAUGCGCUACUUGCGCCAUAAGAGGUGUGAUGGUGUCUGGGGCGACGACCCGGAGCUUCAGGCUUUGUGCGAGCUGUACGACCGUCCUGCUGAAGUGUUUGCUUAUGAUCCAAUGUGUGGCUUCCGAAAGUUGCGCUGCCUUCACGAAAGCAGUUCUCUCUGUCGCAGCAGACCUCCUAUUCGGCUUAGCUACUACGGAGGAGGUCACUACGAUUCACUUACCGGACCCGAUCAUCAAGCGAGCCUACUCUGCGAGGCCCCAGGCCAGUGGGAGCAGCGGCAUAUCGGGUACUCGCGCCGUAUCAAUUCGCGCGAAACUCGAGACGAUGCCACUGGUGUGGAGCAGCAGGUGCACGCUCGAUCAAACCGUGAGCGCACGGAAGUGGAGCAGCUGGAACACAUUCUCAUGCUAUCACGAAACGAGUUUGACGCCAUGGAUACCAGCUUAGAAGAGACACUAAAGCUGUCGCUUGCAGAGCAUGGCGGUGACGCUCCGUCGGCGCAAGCGCAGGCACGCCGAGAGUUGGAAGCGAUCAAAGAAGCUACUCGGGAAAGUGAAGUAGCUGCGAUCCAGGCUGAGCUUUUGGCCAAGGCAAAGGCCGAGUCGGAGAAAGAGCAGAUGAAGUCUGCGAUUCAGGCGUCGUUAGGUGCAUGUGCCUUGCCAAACGAUGGCGACUUCGAUGCACAAAUGUCAGCUGCAAUCCAGGCGUCUUUGGGGGAUGCUGAACCAUGCCUCGCGACGACAGAUGGAAGCGGUAGUAGCUACGAUGAGCAGUUGCGCCGUGCGAUGGAGCUGUCAGGUCAGGAGUUUGCCCAUCGACCGCAAGUGUUUGGACUGCACGACGGGGAAACAACAAACACGGAUGAGAUGGACGAGCUCCAGCGUGCGAUCCAGGCCUCGCUGCAACAGUCCUGA